UGACAUCAGAAAACGGACAUUAAUGACAGACGUGUGUUUUAUGUGUCAGCACUGCACUUAAUGACUACAGUUGAGCGAGUCCAAACAAGGAGUGUGAGAGGGAUUCAAUCCACCCCGUUGUGCGUAAAAAAACAGAGAAGCUGAAUUUCAACUUACUGGAUUUUUCCACUUAUUCACCACCGCACGACACCGCACGAUCAUUUAGGUGCCAGCAACGAUUUGUCCUGCCCUAAACUCCGCAUUCUGAGGAGAUCUGUGGAAACAUGACGGAUCUUGUCAUUCCCGAACUUGAAAUAGACGUGGAGAGCCUCGAAACGGAGAGCGACGAUCAGAGCGAUUUCAGAACCCCGUUGUCCGGGGUAGGAGAGGACGACCCGGGGAGCAGGGACGAUGACAAAGCGGGCCAGAUAACCCUUGGCUCGGGAGACCAAAGAAAACUUAGCCGGACCCCGAAGUGUGCCCGCUGCAGAAAUCACGGAGUUGUCUCCUGCCUGAAGGGACACAAGCGCUUCUGCAGGUGGCGAGACUGCCAGUGCGCUAACUGUCUGCUGGUGGUGGAGAGGCAGAGAGUAAUGGCAGCCCAGGUGGCACUGAGAAGACAGCAAGCUACCGAGGAUAAGAAAGGCAUCUCAGGGAAGCAGAUUCCUGCAGAACGGAGAACCAUCUAUCAAAGGCAUCUCAGACCCUCAACCAUGCUGGCAAAAAGCAUUCUGGAAGGAUACCGUCCUGUCCAGGCUGAUCCGUUUAUGGGGGGCAGCCCGUCCCUGCCCCCGCCUCUGAGCGACCGGAUGAGGAAGAGGAGGGCGUUCGCCGACAAGGAGCUGGAGAGCAUCAUGCUGGAGCGGGAGUACAAGGAGCGGGAGAUGCUGGAGUCAAGUCAGGCCUCGGCCGCCUCCCUGUUCCUGCCCAACAGCAUGGUCCAUGCCGCCGAAUACAACUCCUACAAGUCCGCCUACACCUCCACGCAGAUGGAGCCCACGGCCAAGGACCUGCGCAACUUCCUCCCCAGCUGCCUGGACCUGUCCCUGCAGUACGGCGGGGCCGGAGGGGGCAACGUGGAGCUCAUCUCCUCCAACGUUAGCGUAGCCACCACCUACCGGCAGUACCCGGCGGCCCCCCGCUUCGUGGUGUGGCCUCGGGGGAACAACCUGGGCGACGCGCUCCUGUACCAGCAGUGCCUGCUCAACGCCACGGCGGUGCAGAACGUGAAGCCGGGAGCCGUGUGGGACGCCAAGAUGAUGGCCGUCUCCGAGAGCCACUCGCCCGAGCAGGAAGCCACAUCGUCGGCGAAGCUGGAAGGGUCUCGGGCCGCCCUGGAGCCCUGCGACCUCCCCCUCCCCCCGCAGGGCCACGCGGAACCACAGGGGGCGCUGUCCUCCUCGCAGGGCCCCCGGGAGCGCUCGGCCUUCUCCCCGCCCAAACGCGGGCUGGGACAGGCCUUCGGUGGCGCGCCCGCCCUCCCGCUCACCCAGGAGCACGUCCUGAGCCGCCUCAGCAAAGACAGCGCCAAGCACGCCCUGUCCAUGAAGCUCAACUCCUUCCACACGCUCAUUCAGCAGACCCUCAGCCAGAAGUCAGGGGCCGAGCUCAAGGGCCCCAACUGCAAGGAGCUGUUCGAGGAAGCCGCGCUAAAGUACAGAGAGGGGGCCGCCAAGGACCUCCACAGCCUCAGGGGUCCGGACAGGUACUCUAAGGACUUCACGUCCAAGCAGGCCGCCACCAAAGUGUCGUGUAGCGAGCCGCUGUCUUUCUCGGUGGAGUCCAUCCUGAAGAGACCGUCGCCCUCCAUGACACGUGCCUCACAGUAACCAAAAUCGCAGGACUGAUCCUCCCCACCUCUCCUCCGUUAGAUUACCGGUACACUCCUACAGCCUCAAUGUUUGAAUGUCGUUAUUAAAAUUGCUGUUUAUGU